CUUUGACGCACCUUUACGCACCAGUCACGUGGCCUCCUCACACUACUUGUUGCGCUUCACGCACGCACGAGGAGUUAAUUGGAGGCCACAGUCAAUUUGAGGAAGUCGUCCAAAAUGGCAGAGACCAGGUGAGCCCGUAUAUCCCGCCCUCUCGCCGCGCAGAGGAUGGUUGCCAGCUACAGCCUCGUGCGUGGAGCUCGCUAGCACCAGAGGUUGUUGCUGUUGUUUUAUACCAAACAUGAAGGCCAAACACUGCUUACUGCGUGUCUGCGUCCUCUCCUGUUUCGUCCUCCUGUUGUCCUCCAUCUGCACCUGCGGAGCGGGGGCCUCCCAUGACCGCGCGCUCAGGCGCAGCCGUCGGAGUCACAAGAGCGCGCACCAGCACCACCACCGGCCGCUGACGGACGAGCAGAAGGCGGACCAGAACCUGCAGUUCAUGUUGAGCCUGUACCGGAGCGCCGCCGAGCCGGACGGCAGGCCCAAACAGCACCGGAAGUUCGGCUCCAACACGGUGAGACUGCUGAGGCCGUCGGCGUCGUCGGUGCGCCACCUGCCGGCCUCGAGAGACCACCACUACAGCUUCACAGUGCAGUACCACCUGGACACGGUUCCCUCAGAGGAGCUGAUCAGAGCCUCAUUCAUCCACCUCCGCUCCACCACCACCACCUCCUCCACAGCCACCCAACCCGUCAUGCCGCCCCGCUGCAGGGCUCAGAUCACCUCACUGGGCAAAGCGAGCCUGGUCACCCUCGAGCCCCACGAGCAGUGGACCGAGACGGACAUCACCGCCCACGUGCAGCAGGGGAAGAACCGCGGCCCGGGGCGACACUUGACCCUCACGGCCCAGUACUGGUGCACGGAGGCCCGGCACGCCGAGGAGGACGGCGGCCUCUCGGGGUGGCGGUCUGGAAGACGGAGGAGGGAACCUCACCUCGAGGUGCCGUCUCUUCUUUUAUACCUGGAGGAGGAGCGGGAAGUGAAGGACUGGAUGGGGGACUUGCUGGGGGUCGGAGGGGAGAACGUCACCAAGCAAAUCGGCCAGUGGCAUCCUUCCAUCCGCCGCCGCCGCUCCAAAGACUCCUCGCUUUCAGACGCCAAAGACACGUCGCUGGAUGUUCUGAAGAACGCCUCCGCUUCCUCCUCCUCGUUCUCCACCUCCCCCUCGUCCUCCAUCAUCUCCAACAUCCCUGAGUACAAGCGCAAAACUAGCGUGCCCAAGAACCGCUGCAAGCUCCACUCGUUCCGCCUCUCCUUCGACGAGCUCGGCUGGCACGACUUCAUCGCGCCGCCGGUGUACAACCCGCGCUUCUGCCAGGGCGUGUGCCCCCGGGUGCUGUCGUACGGCUUCCACUCGCCCAACCACGCCAUCAUCCAGACGUUCAUCAACGACCUGGGCGCCGGGGACGUCCCGCCGCCGUCCUGCGUGCCUUACAAGUACAUGCCCAUGAGCGUGCUGGUGGUGCACAAGAAGAAGGUGGAGUACAGGGAGCUGGAGGACAUGGUCGCCGAGUCGUGCACGUGUCGCUGAGGGAGAGGAUACGCUUAGCACUGAGAGAAGAGACUUACAAAUAUGGAAAGGGGGGGGUGGUUUGAUGGGUCAUUUGUUCGACCUCCAGCUUGGCGGAUAAUGAGCUCGAGACGUGAGGCAGGAAGUGGUUUCAGAUCUUCACCGUUAAAGCACUUUAAAGAGGCAGCGGCUGAACUUCACUCUCUGGGAGAGGAGGCGUCUAAUUUAAAAAGCACUUUGCAGAUCUGUGAAUGAGCCGUUUUGCCAUAUUUAUAUUCACUCGUGUAUUUCUCCUCCUGAGGUCAAAGGGAAACAUUUGAAGCCGCUUCGCUAAACUUCCAGGCUAACAAAAUAAAUCUACGUUAACUUAAUUAAUAAAAUAGAUUUAAACAUCAGGGGUAGCUUUUUUUUUUUUUUUUUUUUUUUUUUUUUUUAAGAAAACAAAUUGAGGAGUCAAAGCUGGUUUGUUUGGGAUAUUAAACACGUGGAAUCCAUCUUCAAUGUUCAAUGAAUAUGUUCUUUCUUGUGCCCGUCUGUGUACACUUUUCUUUUUUGUCGUUCCUUUUUUUAAAACCUGAUCUGUGUUUCAUAUCAGAGCUGAGAAGCAGCCCAUAAAACGAAAAAACAAUGUGUUUGUCUAAAACGAACAAAACAUUCUGGAUAGAACGUGUUUGCACUGUUUGAUGCCACCCUGAGAAAUUAUGCACUGCUAAAAAAAAUAUAUAUUUUAAUGUAUGUUGGAUGUAACUAACGUCGGAGUUGUUUUUGCGGUUUACAAUCAACGUUUGCAUUUGUAUGUAUUUAUAACGGGAGGAGUCUCCAAAGAAACCUGAAGGAAGUGCUGCUGCUGGGCUGUCUGAGGAAAAGAAGACUAAUCAUGUUAAAGAAGUCAAACUGAAGUUUUGUAGUGCAAUUUUUAUUACGUGUGAAAAUGGAUAAUACAAUAAAAUGCAUGUUUUCUAAAA